AUGGCUGUUCAUUCUAAAGAUGAGGCUUUGAUGUGUAAGGUCUUUCGAUCUAGCUUGGGCCCAGUGGCGAUGAGGUGGUUCAAUGGUUUAAGGGCGAAUUCUAUUGAUUCCUUUAAGAAACUCACCCGGGCCUUUGGUGCUCACUUUAUCACUUGUAGCAGGAUUCCUCGGCCUUUGGGAUCCUUGUUAUCUAUGUCCAUGCGGGAGGUAGAAACUCUGAAGACCUACUCAGAUAGAUAUUGUGAGAUGUUUAAUGAAAUAGACGAAGACUAUGACGAUGUGGCCAUUAGUACUUUCAAGGCUGGCCUCCCAACCGAGCAUGACCUGAGGAAAUCUUUGACUGGUAAGCCUAUUACUAGUGUGCGCCAACUUAUGGAUCAGAUUGACAAGUAUAGAAGGGUAGAGGAAGACCAAAUACAGGGGAAAGGAAAGGCUAAGGUGAUCCCUCAGGAGAUGAGGGAUUUCAGGUUGGACUGGUACAAUAAUAACCUACCUCGGAAAGAUUUUGUUGGGCAGCCAGUAUCUGCCAACACCCAGGUGGUUAAUGCCGUAUUCCGAGAACCAGUACAAUAG